AUGGGCUAUUUUAAUGGUUUCUCUAAUUUUGCUGCAUCAUCCAUCCGCGCCGCUUCGUCUUUCCCGGACACCAUCUACGCAUCGAGAUUCAAAGAAGAACUUCUCUUCGUUUUCCGUCUUCAUUCUCUCAGAUUGCCAAGAGGGUUCAGUGAAUUUGGGGUUGAUGGUGGACCAGCGGCUAAGACCCUGAAACCGAAGUUCAACAUCUUCUUGAAGCAUGCAACUGAUCACACUGGUUUGAAAGUGUCAGAUGUUGAAAUCAAACAUUUAAUUGCAGCUUCAAUUGUUAUGAAGGGAUUGGGAAGCUUUCUUUUCAUAUUUGGGAGUUCAAUUAGAGCCUAUUUGCUGCUUCUUCACAAAUUGAUAGCCACUCCAAUCUUGUACGACUUCUACAACUACGAUGAUGACAGAAAAGAAUAUGGUCAACUUUUUGUUAAGUUUACACAGAGUCUGGCAUUGUUUGGGGCAAUACUGUUCUUCAUUGGUAUUAAUAAAAUAUCUUCAUCACUCUAUGUUCUUCCCAUUUCGUGAUUUGUGUUUUUUGAACCGAAGAUGUCAACAACUAUUGAUGUUACUCCUAAAGGUGGAUUUAAUCUCGACCUAUGUCGGUGAAAUGAAAUUCUAUUGAAGAAAAGACUGAAAUCUUUAACUUUCCUUAAGACUGGAACUACCAUUGUUGGCUUAA